CAAGAUAGCAAUAAGUGGUGCUAUCUUUUUCAACUACCACUGUUGUGAUCGUCAAAUUGCCAUUUCCAAGUUACUCUUAAUUCAUAAUCUUCCCACGCAAAAUCAAACAAUUUAUUGUCUUUCACAAUCUUCAUAAUAAUGCAAAUUCAGAAAGCCGCUCUCAUCAUCGUUCUCCUUUAAAAGAGAUUUGGAGACGUAUAUAACUGAGUCACUGUGUGGGAGGGCAUCUUUGUUACGAACUCAAGUUCUACCACUAGACCAUGAAGUGGGAACCAGUAGAGGUCCUAAGUGAAUCAAAUUACUGAACAAAUUUAAGCAAAGAUAUGGAUAAUAAAGCUGGGAGUUUAAAAAAGAGAGGGGGUAUGCAUAUCUUUACAUCUAUUGAUGGUCUUUCAAAGAGGUUUAUUGAUUUGUGCGUUGAAGAGAUUGGGAAGGAAGGAUAUUGUGGAGCUUCUCUUAAAGUAACAUCUUGGAAACGAAUCAUAGAAGCUCUAAACAACGAGUUCAAGGAAAGUUUGCCAUAUGAUUUAGAUCAAAAAGCAUUGAAGAACCACUGGGAUGCCUUGAAGAAAAAAUAUGCUGUGUGGAGAAACAUUGCAGGAUUAACUGGUGAUAAGUAUAACGCGACAACGGGAAAACUGGAUUGGCCUGAGUCGAAAUGGGAAGAAGUAAUCAAGAGCCAGCCAAAAGCUGCACAAUUCAGGACCUCGGGUUUAAAAUAUGCUGAUAAUCUAUAUAACUUGUUCGAAGUAGUGUUGACCUCCGAAAAUGAGUCAUUUGUUCAUAUGCCAACUGGAGUUCUAUGUCCACACCUAGAAGCAGACAAGGAUAAUAGCGCCGAUGUGGGUUCACAAAGUAACGCUGGUACCUCAAAUAACUCAGGGAAGAGGAAAAGACGUGAACCUGCUGCUGACGAUGGUGUUGCAAAACUGGACGAACUUAUAGAGUUAGUUAAGGAGCAUUUUUUGUUUUACAGGCAACAUAAGGAAGAAAAAAAAGCGGAGCGACAGGCUAGAAAGCACCACCAUGAAAGUGCUGAAAUGGAUACUAGAAAGCAACUUGAAAGCGCUGAAAUGGAAGCUUACUCGUUAAAAGAGUGCAUGGUAUCAAUCAAUAACAUGAGACGUUCUGAAUCUGUUAAGUUGCGAAUGAAGGAUUAUGGCGUGUCAAUGGUGAAACUUGCUCAAAGUCUUGACUUGAGAAAGGCCUUUAUCAUGCUGGAUAGUGUUGAUGAGAAGAUGCUAUUCAUUUGCGGAUUAUCUGCCUGAACUGUGAAUCCUAUUCCAUGGACCAUAACUAAUGAGUCAAUGCUAAUAGUUAAAAGUUUUGUUUGGCACCCACGUUCCAAGCAAGCUGAUAUAUAUGCGAUGCUUCUUCGCUUUGUUGUCCAUUUGACUUGUUUUCCAUCCAUAUGUUUUGAUGAGUCAGAUUCUCGAGUACACGUACUGCUUUAUGUAUCCACAUGAAUCACGUGAAACUUUUCUAUAUCGUUUUGAUGGCCUGUUCCCACCGAUUUAUAUAAUAUAACACAAAAUGAUUUGUAUGGUGUCCCAAA